AUGCUCUCCCUGUGCUGUGUCUCUGCUGUGAUGGCUAUUUUCCUCCAGCCUGCCUUCUCCAUUACCUACAACUGUUCUGCUCUGUACAAGAGGGUCCCAGACAACAACGACUUGACGGUGGACUGCGGGGCCACUAUGAUCAACCUGAAGGUGAACCUGUGUACGGCUCAGUGGGCAGGCUUCGACCCCGCCGGUCUGGCUCUGAAUGGAGAGCACAACAAGAGCCAGUGCCAGGGCUUGGUUGACACCAGCGUGGAUCCGCCUGUCAUCCGCUACCAGCUGCCUGUCAAUCACAGCCAGGCGAACCCCUGUCGACAGUCAAUGCAGAUCUUGGACGAGGCCCCCGAUGCCUUUGGUCCUUUCAACUUUUUCUCCAGCAUCCAGUCGGUCAUCAUCACAGGCUACCUCAACACCCCCAAGUCCUCUGUGGGGAUCAUUAGUUACGCCACUGACCUCUACUAUCACUUCUCCUGUCGCUACCCACUGGAGUAUCUUCUGAACAACACACAGAUUGUAGCGUCGUCAGUCUCAGUGGCCACCAGUGACAACAAUGGCACGUUCAUCAACACGUUGGGUAUGAGUGUUUUUAACGGCACUGAUUAUGGUUACCCAUUGGUGGUUCCACCGACAGGACUUGAAUUGCGUUCCAAGGUUUAUGUGGAGGUCAAGGCCACCAACCUCACUGGGAAAUGCACUGUUGAUUCACGCUCGUCAGUCACACAGAAUGGGAUUUCCAAGAAUUCCCGAUUCUCCUUUGAGGCAUUUCGCUUUGUGACACACAAUAACCUGGAAAAGUCCAGUAUCUUCCUGCACUGCAUCCUUCGACUGUGUGAGCCCAGCAAGUGUCAGAAACUGGUUGAUGCUUGCAAUAGCAGGAGAAAGAGAUCACUGGAGCCUUUCGGAUCCGAGUCAGCGGAAUCAGCCACUGUUUCUGUGGGACCACUCUAUACUAGCAGAGAUGGCAGCGGAGGGGUACAGUCAGGAGGUGACAGGGUUAACAUCCCAGGGCUGGUGGUAGGGAUCCUCUUUGGCACUGCAGCCAUAGCCCUGGUUGUCCUAGGCAGCUGGUUUGUCCUCAAGAAGUUCUACUGGGCUGGCGGUCUGUCCCACUCCUUUGACUGA